AUGGCGUCAAUGAACUGGUUGGAUUUUUCGCUCUCCCCUCAAGAACUUCCACCACAACCUCCUAGUAAUGAAGAUCGCUCUCAAACGAUGACCCCUCACCACGCCUUCAACUCUCACGGAAUCUCAGCCUCUGAUGUUUCUGCCCAAUGCUUUGAUCUCACUUCACACUCCACUACUCAUCACUCUCUCAACCUCCCUCCUUUUGGCUUGUUUGAAGACAACACUCAUCAUACCCCUCUAGAUUGGAACACAAAGGGUUUGGGAAGCAACACGGAGGAUAACUACAACAGCCAAAACUUGCUAUUGGGCACUUCCACUUCAUGCAGCAGUGACCGAAACGUAGACAGCAACCAACAACACCCAAAACUCGAAAACUUUCUCGGUCAACACUCUUUGGGCGAACACGACUUUAUGUUCCCAAACUCUUCACUUAAACUUCCUCCUCAGCCGUCGGAAAAACCGGCAACCUGCGGUGACGGUAGUCCCAAAAAUAGUAGCUCUAUUGGGUUGUCUAUGAUAAAGACAUGGCUGAGGAACCAAACGACAGAAUCAGAUUCUGUUCCUGCGGCAAACACAUCCCUUUCCAUGAGUACUACAGUGUCACAGUCAAGCACGUUAGCAUUGCCCCUUCUAACGGCAAGUGUGGAUGGAGAGAGUUCCUCUUCGGAUAGUAAGCAACAGCAAGAUAAUAACCAAACCGUAGCUAUUGUUGAGAAUGUGCCUAGAAAAUCUGUUGACACAUUUGGACAGAGAACAUCUAUAUACCGUGGUGUAACCAGGCAUAGGUGGACGGGUAGAUAUGAAGCUCAUUUGUGGGACAAUAGUUGUAGAAGAGAGGGGCAAACUCGCAAAGGAAAGCAAGUUUACUUGGGAGGUUAUGAUAAAGAAGAAAAGGCAGCUAGAGCUUAUGAUUUGGCAGCACUGAAAUACUGGGGAACGACAACAACAACAAAUUUUCCAAUUAGCCAAUAUGAAAAGGAGUUAGAAGAAAUGAAGCACAUGACAAGGCAAGAGUACGUCGCGUCACUGAGAAGGAAGAGCAGUGGAUUCUCUCGCGGUGCAUCCAUUUAUCGAGGAGUAACGAGGCAUCACCAACAUGGUAGGUGGCAAGCUAGGAUUGGAAGAGUUGCAGGCAACAAAGAUCUCUACUUGGGAACUUUCAGCACACAAGAAGAGGCGGCAGAGGCAUAUGAUAUUGCAGCCAUCAAAUUCCGAGGACUGAAGGCAGUUACAAACUUCGACAUGAGCAGAUACGACGUUAGGAGCAUCCUUGAGAGCAGCAAUUUACCCAUUGGUGGCGCUGCCAAACGUUUGAAGGAUGUUGACCAGGUCGAUCUCACCAUCAUACGUGCACAAACCUCAAACGUAGAUUCCAACAUUAAUAUUUAUGGUGCAACACACCAUGCUUGGCCUGCAUCUCUUGCAUUCCUCCAAUCUCAACCAUAUACUAGCCAUUUGAAUUGCACAUAUGGACACAAACUUUGGUGCAAGCAAGAACAAGAUUCCGAUGUUCCUCAAACUUUUCAUGAUAUUCAUCAACUCCAAUUAGGGAACACCCACAAUUUCUUUCAGUCCAAUGUCAUGAGCAUUGAUUCUGCUUCUGUCGAUAAUAAUAGCUCUGCUGCAUCUAACUCUAUCGUUUAUGGGGAUGGUUACGCGAUUCCCAUGGCUACUUCUACGUUCAUUCAAGAAGAUGAUGUUAAUCAAAAUAAUAGAAGCAGUGGUUUUGGAGAUAAUGAUGUGAAGACGUUUGGUUACGAAAAUGUGUUCACAUCUAUCAGUACAACCGAUCCUUAUCAUGCAAGGAACUUGUGUUUUCUUUCGCACCAAACAUCUGCAGAUAAGGGUAGUGCAUAUGAAGCAUGCAAUAGCUGGGUGCCAACUACGAUUCCAACACUUUCACCAAGGACUACCAAUAUGGCUCUCGUUCCCGGAGCUUCGUCGUUCACAUUGUUGAACGAAUAG